AUGGCUACAUGUACCCUCUCGCAAAAUCGCGUCGAGCCAGGCUCCGUCAACAUCCCCAUUGGAAAGUUCCCAUGCACAACCUUUCCAAACCCUUCCUCUUCUCCAACAGCAGGAGAAAUCGCCUCCAAACUCAUCGCGGACUUCAACCAAGCCCUAGCCAACAAGGAUGUCCAUGCUAUCUCGCAGCUAUUCUUACCGAAUGGUUAUUGGCGUGACCAUCUCGGGCUCUCAUGGGACUUCCAUACCCUCGCUGGCCAGGAAAAGAUCUCCAACUUUCUGACCACAAAUGGUAUACGACUAACCAAAAUCGAGAUUGACACCUCCAAAGCUUCCCGAGCGCCGCAUUUUGGGCCUAUUGAUGGUGGUCUCGGGAAAGUGCAUGGGGUGGAAUUCUUUAUCAAGUUCACGAGCGAUGUUGGUUCUGGACAAGGUGUGGCGCGCGUAGCUGAAGAGUCUUCGUCUCCCGGACAGUGGAGAUUCUUCAUGUUAUCGACUACACUGUUUGAAUUGGCAGGUCAUGAACGACCAAUAAAUCACUUCCGGCCUAAGGGUGUAGAGCACGGAGGUGAUCCGAAUCGACAGAAUUGGAAGGACAGACGUGCUUCGGAAAUUAACUUUGAGAAUACGCAGCCUCAGGUUGUCAUUGUCGGUGCCGGCCAAGCAGGUCUCACCGUCGCCGCAUCACUCAAAACGCUCGGCGUGGAAACCCUCGUCAUCGAUCGCGAGGAUCGUAUCGGCGACAACUGGCGAAACAGAUACCGUCAUCUUGUCCUCCACGACCCCGUCUGGAUGGACCAUUUACCCUAUAUGCCAUUCCCGCCGACAUGGCCAAUCUUUACACCGAAGGACAAACUCGGCGAUUGGCUGGAGUCAUAUGCCUCGUCGCUUGAAUUGAAUGUAUGGACGAAAACGAACCUGGUGUCUUCGUCCUGGGAUGACAACAGCAAACGAUGGACGAUUACUGUAGAAAGAAGGAAAGAAGACGGAAGCAAAGAAAUCCGCACUUUCAGUCCUCGCCAUGUCAUUCUCGCAACAGGCCACUCCGGUAAAAAGAACUUUCCCACGAUCAAAGGCAUGGAUUUGUUCGCAGGCGACCGAUUAUGCCACAGCUCUGAGUUCAGUGGCGCUUUCACUCUACCGGAAAACACCACAAAACGAGCCGUUGUGGUUGGAUGCUGCAACUCAGGCCACGACAUUGCCCAAGACUUUUACGAAAAGGGCUACGACGUGACCAUGGUACAACGAAGUUCCACACACGUCGUCUCAUCCAACGCUAUAACGAAUAUCUACCUCAAAGGGUUGUUUGAUGAAGACGGUCCCGCCGUCGAGGACGCCGAUCUCCUUAUCCAAAGCUUGCCGGCAGAAGUCCUCAAAGCAAUCCAAAUCCAAGUCACAGACCUCGUCGCCAACCAAGUUGACGCAGAUUUGCACUCAGGACUUGAAAAGGCCGGAUUCAAAGUCGACCUUGGCCCAGACGCUGGUGGUCUCUUUAUGAAAUACUACCAACGCGGAGGAGGAUAUUACAUCGACGUCGGCGCUAGCCAGUUGAUUAUUGAUGGGAAAAUAAAAAUCAAACAGGGACAGGAAAUAGCUCAAAUCCUGCCGAAUGGUGUUGAGUUUGCGGACGGUUCGAUCCUUGAGACUGACGAGAUUGUGUUUGCGACUGGAUAUCAGAAUAUGCGUUCAGAGGCGAGGAGCAUCUUCGGUGAUGAGGUUGCGGAUAGGUUGGGAUCUGUAUGGGGGUUUGACGACGAAGGCGAGUUUAGGGCAAUGUGGCGACCCAGUGGACACCCAGGGUUUUGGUAUAUGGGUGGUAAUUUAGCGCUGUGCCGGUACUAUUCGAAACUUUUGGCGCUGCAGAUUAAGGCCAUUGAGGAGGGGUUGAAUCGGGGAUGA